GUUUAUUUUAGCAAAAAAAAUUAAUAAUGGCAUCACCUAGAAAAAUUAGCCGUUUCACCAUGUCAAGCAAUGAAAAUGAGCAGUGUAAAACCUGCAAGCAAAUUUUGGAAGAGGUCAAGAAGUCGACAGAAAAUCAACAGCGGGAGAAUGCUCUUUUUCAUGAAAAUCUACAGCGGGAGAAUGCUCUUUUUCGUGAAAAUCUACAGCAGGAAAAUGCCGUUGUUCGUGAUCAAUUGAACGCAUUGGCCAAAAUUUUAGCUGACCAAACAGUUUUGCUUAAACAACUUUUAAAGGAGAAGGCCGAAAUUAAUUCUGUUCGGGACCAGUUCCCGAUUGAAACGGAGGAGCAGCUGAUAAAAAUGGAGGAGAAUUUAAAAAUGAAUAGAGACAUUUAUAUUUCAACAAUCAAAUCCAUUUUACAGCCGGCCGGAUUUCUCGUCAACUUAAAAUUUAUUUUAAGUGACGAAAUUGUACUGGCAUAUAAUGUGGAUGGAGUGCAAGGGAAGAAAGCCCUCAGGAGCCACUCGGAGUUUUAUGGAGCUUUGCUAGAAUGUAUUCCGCCUGGAGACGAAGCACCAGAAAUGCUGAUGCGCAAAGCGAUGCAGAGGGUGAAAAAAAGGGUGUUUAAGCAAAGGUGUACCAAACCAAAAAAUGAGUUAGAAUCUGUUUAGGCUAGGCUAGAUUUUAAUAUAUAUUUUAAGUUUGAAUUUUGCAAGAAUUUUGAAUUAAACAUUCA